AACCGCUGUACACCAAGCAAUUUUUUUUGGCUUUCAGAAAUUAGUAAAUUGUUUCUUGAAGACUUGACUUGGCACGUAGAUUUCCUUUCGUUAAAGUCACUCUUUACUUUGUGAUAUGGGACCGAAAUAGGUUGAAGCGCAAUUUUCAUGGAUCGCAGUCUGGACUCUAUUGGUAGCUGUUCCCUGGAUGUAGACGCAGAUUCUUCCGACAUAUCAGAUACCAGUGGGAGCCUGAACUUCCUAACGCCGCUCUCAGUAAGGGACAUCACACGCGAAUUUACUGGCAACCUUCGGGAGCGCAGUGUUCCUAACUUGCCUCACCAGCCUCAGCACAAAUUCCCCGCAUACGUCAAAUCCAGAUCGACAGAGCUGGAGCACAUGGUGCUGGUACCCGCAAUUGAGGAGUCCGACCGAGAGCCGAGCUCCAAUGAUUUUGACCAGACUUCUACAGGAAAUUCACAAGAAGCUCCCGAAAAGAAGCCGAGCUAUUUAAACCUGGCUUGCUGCGUUAACGGUUAUUCCAAUCUGACCACAUACGACUCUAAGAUUCGGCAGGAUAUAAACAAGUCACGUGAGGUUUCCCCGAUUCGACCCUCCACCAGCAGUCUACAGUACUGUAAGCGCAACCACUUUCUAGCGACUCCAACUCUGCACAGCAUGCCUUCUCCGGCAAGCAAGUGCAAACCCAUCGAGCCUAACAACAACAGCAACGACAGUAUCGGGAAUUUCAGUUCGGUUUCUGGUCAUACCAAUGGAAAUGGCAGUUUCAUCAAGCAACGGGUGGAGCGACUUUACGGGCCGGGUGCAUUAGCCCAGGGUUUCUACAGCCCCAAAAAGCACGGCCAGUCAUCGUAUGCAGCAGGGCGAUCGGAAAGGGGACAAUUAGAGAUCGAUUCUCCGCAAGGCUCCGAACUGGCUCGGAAAUUCAAGCAGCUCUCCCCCAGUAAAGACUAUGGAGAGUUCCGAAAGAAACUUGAAAAAAAGUGCUCUCAGAGUACCACGUCGCGGCUAGACGAGUCGUUGCACUCAUCACUGUUAAACGGAGAUCUUGACCUACCCGUUUUUAGGCACCUCAGUCAAGAGUUCCGCGCCCAGUUGCCUACUGUGUCACCAAAAAGGGGUGCUCCUCGAUCUAACGUGGCCCCAGAGGUACUGCUUGUAAAUAACGAGUCAGGUACAGUUCCUGGUCCCGCAGAUGAAGUCGACCACGAGUCCAUAAAAAUGGCCAAACUAGCGUCAGAAAAAUACGUCAGCACUUCCAAUAUUUUUGUUGAAGCUGUUGUUAGAGAUGGAAAUUUCUUUCUAAAAAUACUAAAAGAGGAACAAACCCGUCUGUUGGUGCUAGCCGCUCUUGCUGAAAAAUAUGCAGACGCCUUGUCUACAAAUCCAGAUAUCACCGAGGAUAUCUUUGGGCUAUUGCGAUCAGCGUCGGGUAAGGCACGUCUUUUGGUGGCGCAGAAAAUGAAACAAUUCGAAGGUCUUUGCCACAAUAAUCUGAAUCGCUCACCGGAGGACAAGUUUCCAACAACUCUGGAUGAUUUACAAGGAUUCUGGGAUAUGGUUUAUUUGCAAGUAGAGCACGUGGAUUCCAUUUUUGCUGAUAUCGAGCAACUCAAAAGUAACGACUGGAAGGUUAAAGCUCAGUCCGUGGCUGACGAACACGAUUUGGACACCGUACCUAGUAAAGCAAAAAAAACUUCAAAAAUCGGUGUUCUGCAAGUGAAAACAUUCGGAAAGCCAUCCAGCGUUCGUGUAAAUGGAUCGGCAGCUCCCCCACCUAACUCUGCAGCAGCAUUAAAAAGGGAGGCCCAGAGAAAACUACUUCUAGAGAUGAAACGUCAGCGUCGCGAGGCUAUGACCGCAGCGGCCAAACUAAAUCCGAAAGAUGUUGAUGGUGACUUACCGGGAAUAAUUGGCGAUAGUUGUGCUAUUCCUGGCGUAAGCAACGGAAGUUAAAUAAUGCUCACUGCAAAUAGCAACACAUGCUUACUAAUUAUAAAUAUAUUUUUAACUAACGUGUACCCCACAAAAGCAUACUUAAAUUUAUAGUUAUUUCUAGUUGAAUUAAUCAUUUACUAGUCCCAACUAAAAUUGUGUCGGAACUUCGUAUUGAAAUCUGUCACAAAGCGUCUAAUAUCUAGGAGAUAUCGAAGUAUUGCGACUUACCUAAAGUUGUUCAUAAAUAUUGCCUUAUCCGCGAAAGAUUUCGCUAAUUAAUCAAUUUGCUGUGCACAUUAUGUAAUUAAAAAUUUAAAUUUCUUUAUUACAUAUACAAAAGACAUUUAUUCACGUUUUAAAUUAUCUAAGUACAUUAAAAGGAAACACAUCA